AUGUUCGGAGUGAGAUCUGGAAAACCGUAUGGGAUUCUCAUCGACUGGGACCUUGCAAUCGACAUGAAAUCUAGAGAUAGUGUGUCUUCUCGUCACCGGACGGGGACUGGGCCGUUCAUGGCCGUCGACCAUCUGGGACCGAAGAUGGGGUCUCCUUAUUUCUACCGCCACGACCUCGAGUCGCUCUUCUACAUCCUACUGUGGUCAGCGUGCGCUUUUCUUCUCAAUGGAACAGAGGUGAAAAAACAGCAUCAAAUCGUGGAGCAUUGGUCGGUGGCGACUUGGGGCGAUGUCAAAGACAAGAAGAUAGCCUUUUUCGCCAAGACCAAGGAUGAAUUCGAAGUGCUGAGCGAGGCAGUGACAGCGCCCUUCAGGCCUAUUCUCGACUCCUGGCUCAGACCUCUCGCAGAGUUGGUCGCAUGGGCACACGCAAAAGCCAACGAGAGGGCACCCCACAAGCGUCGAUCUAGCAAGCGUGCACCUUUAGUAGACCUCGAAACUCUCGGUGGCAACAUGACUUACAAGGUCUUCUUUGAGACGCUGAAUGUGGAUCUUGACACGGCCUCACACAGUUCGGACCAUGAUUUGUUCGACCGAUUAUAUUUUCUGGAAUCACACUCCCUUUGUAGCUGA